AUGGCGCAUCACCAGUUGGGCAACGGCAUGCUCGUCUCCGGUCCGCCGCCGACGCCUCCGAGGGGUCGGGAAACGAGUUCGUCGUGCACGAGUCCCUACACUUCCGGCGACGCCAAGAACUCCGGCGAAUUCGCCAAGAUGUUCGGCAUCCCCUCGGUGGAAUAUUCCACCUCCGCUGCGGGAUCCCGGUCGGCUCACUCUUCCGGGCCAAAGAGAACCCCGCACACUCCGUCUCCGAUCCCGACCACCGGCCUCAUCGUCUCCGGCGACUCUUCCCGUCUGAGGGCGAGGCAGGGGGGAGCGGUGACGGUGUCGGUGGUGGAGGGGGAUACGUUCGAAUACGGGGUGCCGAGGGCGUGGAUGUGGCUGGUGGCCGCGGUGCUCUCGGUAGGGCUUGGGUUCGGCGGGAUUCUCUUGGGGGUGGCAGGGCGGCCGGAACUUCUGACAGCGGUUGCGGCCGCGUCCGCCUUGGUGGGGGCGGUGGCGAUCUGGAACCGUGCGAUGGGAGCGAAGGAAGUGGAGAGAUCCAUAAGGAGUCUCCCCGACUACCCCUUCAAUGGCCCGACCGAUCUCCCAAUCGGGCAACUGGUCAAGAUCACCGGGGCAAGUUCACUGCUUUUUCAGGCGCUGUUCUUACGUCACGAUUUAACCUGUCCCAGAAAACACUGGACACAUCGUGUUUUGGGACAGAGGAUCUCUAACUCCCACGUGACGUGUGGAAGUAUUCCUCUUGAAACAUCCCGCGAGGAGGGGAUUUGUAGGUGCGUUUAUGCGUCCACUCAAUUGUACGCGAGGAGAAGAAGAAGAUGGAGACUGAAAAGCUCAGAGAAACUCGUAGCAGAUUUCUACAUAUCAGACUCAACUUCAGGGAUGAGAUUUCUGGUGCGAGCAGGCCAUGGAGCCAAAGUUACUCCUUUCGUUGAAUCAGCUGCAACGGUCUUGGAAAUCAACAGCGAGGAGAAAACGCGGCCAUGGCGGAAGGAGCAUAACCUAGCGAUACAAAAUCAGUUGCGCCUCGAAAAAUGUUACAUCAGAGAAGGUGAUGGUGCGAGUGUGAUUGGCGUCCUGAGGACGAACAAGGAAUUGUUGAUUGUGGAUCCGCCUUCGGAUUCGGAUCUUCUGUCUACGGGAUUCAAGUGGUGGAGGUGCUUGUUCCCCUUCUUGGUGAGAGGCCUUAUCCUAAUUGGAAAAGAAAGUUCAGACGAGGUGAUAUAUCGAGUCUGA